AUGGGGCGGCGGCGUGGAAAGUGGUGCCUCAUCAAAUACAUUGAACGAGUCAAAGCCGCAAGCGGAUUAGUGCGUGAUUGCGAAGGUGAGAUGAUGUGGGAAAAAUUGUGGAUGGAAUUCAGCCAAACGGCUCGCGGCGGGAAGCUGACGGAGGAGGCCGCACAGAGUCAGUGGAACAGCUGGGUCGCCGCUGUCAACAACAAGACUGCCAAGGCCUCCAAUGUGAUGUUCGACUAUGACGGUCCCCAAGGAAAGCUUCGCAUCUGGGUGAAGACGGCCGAUAAGUUGAUCUAUCGGAGCUCGUACAUGAAAGAGAAGGAGAUCUAUUGCGAAGGCGAAACCACAAAGAAAGCCACGGAGGAAGACAUUGACAAGCUCCGCCCGGAGCUGCUGCAGAACCAUGGCGCCAACAUGUCCUUUGACGAGAUUGCACCUGUGCUUGCCCAGAGCGGCAAAGAUGCCUUCGCGUCCAACGAUGGCUUCAUGCUGGACAUCUUGGACCUGCAGCCGGACAUGCAGGACAUGGGUGAGGAUGAAGAGCCGGAGGCAGCGGCUGAGGGUGAGAAGAAGGAGCCCGAUGCACCCAAGGUUUGGGUGGAGCGGGAUCGCGUGGUGUCUGCAAGCCUCCGUGCGGCCAAAUCCCAGAAUGCCGUCUUCGUGACCAAGGGCCUGGAGCAGCUACAGAAGCAGGAGCAAGCUGAGAAGGAGAUCCUGGCGGAGAUGGGCGAGAAGCAGCAGGAACACAUGGCCGGCGAACUCAAGAUGUGGCGGGUCAGGCUUGAAGCAAUGGCGAUUUGCUUCCGUGACAAAGAUGCGGAAGCACUGAAGCGUUUCAUUGCUCGCUUCACCAGCGUGGAAGCAGCAGACGCAUCCAUGCCAGACCAGCCGGUGCGGAUGGGAGCUUGUCCUCCAUGCGAGCUGUAUGCCAAGCUGAAGACCGUGGACGCCUUGGAGGAGUGCGCUGGGAAGUACCAGAAUGCCACCACUCCGCAACACGUCAAGGAUGUGUCGUCCAUGCUCAAUGACUACAAGGCUCCGCUGCAGCAGCUGCUCCAAGGUGCCACCAGAGCGGAGAGAUCCAUCAAGGCGGCACGGGAGCAGAUGAAACGAGCCUCCGCCAAGCAAGCUGCUCAGGAGAACAAGAAGGGCCAGACGGGUGCGAAGUCCAGUGAGUCGCCGGCAUUGUUCGACCAAGGCGUUGCUGCGGCCAAGCAGAUUCGGAUCUUGGAGCCGGCGGAAGUCGGCUCUGCUCAGGUUGACUUCCAGGUCCUCUUCAUCGUGAAAGCCACCUCGAUCGUGAAGGACGUGUCGGGCAGUGUGGCAAGCGAGCAUGAUGGUUUCAAGGCCACUUUCAACAUUGGCCGUGCAAGCUCGAAGGGCAUGAGGGCUUCCAAGCAGAUCCCCGAAACAGGCGGCGGGGAUGUCUUCGAGAAGAAGGUGCAGGAAAUCUUCAAGGAUUCAAACAAGUUGCAGUUGCAGGCUGACCAGUGUGAGGGCCUCAAGAAGCACAUGAUGACCAGCUCGUUUGGGAUCGAUGUUGGGUACGACAAAGUGAGUUGCGAGCCAGCUUGCAUGUCUGCACUUCGAUUGACCUUGGAGGGCACCCGCACCGUGGUGAUGACCGAUUGGUUGCAACUGGUUGGUUUCAUGCAGAGGCAGGGAGUCGCCGCGCCGAUUCCGCCUGUUCGUCAGGCGGCCUUCCUCAGGAGCAUGAGCCCGGAGAUGUUGAAGCAGUACAUGGACGAGGCCAGUUUGUGGACCAGUACGCUUAAUGCUGGCGACAUGAUCUAUGUGCCAUUCGGCUUUCUGACUGGCGAGCUGUGCACGGUCUUGACCUUCGGCUUGCGUAUGCCAGUCAUCGUGAAGGCGUCUGCCGACCCCAACCUCAUGGGCAGCAUCGACAAGAAGUUGACAGAGGCUGAGCAGACAUUGGCCGGUGCAAAGGAGGAUGCGGUCAAGGCGCGCUUGACCACCGAGGUUUCAGUUCUGAAAGAGCUGAAGAAGGCCAUGUGUGUUGCAGAUGCGGGUGCGGCACCGCCACCGGUGGCGGCACCUUGA